CAUGCUGUCAAUGUCAUUGUUGUGUUGAUUGAAUCGUGAUGGAUUUGUUUUGUUUUCUAUUUUAUGUGUUUGUGAAGAAAACUAAUCGAAUAUAUUUAAUAUUAAUUUCUGAACUUAAAAAUUAAGAAAAACUACUAUGAUAUAGCUUUUUUUACGUAACUAAAUUAGAUUCUAUUCAAAUAAAAUUAUUUUAAGUGAUGGAGGAAGGCAAUUCUAUAAUUUAUGGCUUAGAACAUCAGACAAGGGCACUUUCCCCCCAAUACGGAGAAAGUGAUGCCAUUAGAUUUCUAAUUGGUACACAGAAUCUUAAGCCCCAAGCUAACCAAGUGCAUGUAGUCGAAUUAGAGGAAGAUACAGGCGCUUUACACACUAAGGUAUUCAAGCAUGAGAUUGGUGAGAUAUGGCACCUUCGCUGUUCACCCCACGAUGUGGCUACUCUACUCACUACCCACAAUGCAUUUGAUCCAAACAGCUCCCAGUGUACUAUGGGUGUCACAAUUUUCAAGUUACCCACAGUUGAGGUGAUACCUAAAGAUUUGGAUGACCUGAGUGCGAUACAAGGCAGGAAUGCUGAAGAUAUGGAGCUACUAAAGACUAUAACAUCAGAGAAACCAGAAGAAGAAAUCCGUUGUGCUGAGUGGCACCCCACGGACCCGAAUCGUAUAGGCGUAGUCUACGAGGGGAGCCUGCGGGUGCACGACGUGAACACGGGGGCCGCGGUGGCGACAACGGCGCCCGAGGGUCGCGCGCGGCUCAAGUUCACAGGUGGCAAGUGGAACCCACACCAAGGGCAUACCCAGUUCGCAGUGCUACAGGAUAUGCACAUAAAAUGCUACGACACUCGCGCCGACAGCAACAAACCGUCAUGGAGCAUCGACAACGCGCACAGGCAGCUCGCCAGGGACCUAGACUUCAAUCCCAACAGACAAUUUCACUUGGCAACGGCGGGCGAUGACGCUGCCCUCAACAUAUGGGAUUACAGAAAUGGCAAAGAACCAAUAUUCAACAGGACCGACCACUCGCACUGGGUAUGGAGCGUGCGCUACAACUCGUACCACGAGCAGCUGCUGCUGACGGGCAGCUCGGACGCGCGCGCGCUGCUCACGGCCGCGGCCAGCGUGUGCCGCGACCUGGACGACGAGGCCGCGCGCCUCAGCCAAGUUCUAGAGGAUGGUGUGUUACAAUCAUACGAGCAACACGAAGACUCCGUAUACUGCGCAGAAUGGAGCGCCGCCGAACCCUGGACCUUCGCAUCGCUGAGCUACGACGCGAGGCUAGUGCUCUCUCGAGUGCCUAGACAUUUCAAAUAUAAGAUACUACUGUAAUUAUAGUUCUCUUAAAAUGUAGUUGAUACUGUACGAUAAGUUUCCUGUCUCCCUAUUUUUUUUUCUUGCAAAUAACCAAUGUGUAUUCUCAAGGUCAAGAAGGUCGUAUAACUAAAAGCCAAAACUUUUCGUAAUAUGACAGGUCAUAUUACUCUGUCCCCAAAUAAUUGGGAUAAGGGCAAGAAGAUAAUGAAAUGUAAACAAAAGAUACACCAAUAUUAAAAUUUUAAUAUUAUGUAUAAAUAAAUUAAGAGUUUAUAUAAAUAAAAU